GAAGUGCCUGCUGUGCUGCCAGUUUGUGCUCCUGGUUCCAUGUGAGCUAGAGACCAACAGAAGGACCCUGCAGGAGUGACGGAUUGUCAUAGACAGUGCUUUCACAGAGACAACAUAGCUUAGCAACUAAUAGCUCCCACUCUGCCAUCAGACUGCCUGAAUUCGAAUCCCAGCUCUAUCACUUACUGUCUGUGGGACCUGCUUCUACAAACCCUGUCCAAAAAGUCCAGGGACAUGGAGUCAAAGAACUACAGCAGCAGCACCUCAGGCUUCAUCCUCCUGGGCCUUUCCUCCAACCCUCAGCUGCAGAAGCCCCUGUUUGCCAUCUUCCUCAUCAUGUACCUGGUCACCGUGGUGGGGAAUGUGCUCAUCAUCCUGGCCAUCCACUCUGACUCCAGGCUCCAUUCCCCCAUGUACUUCUUCCUCAGCAACUUGUCUUUCAUGGAUAUCUGCUUCACAACAGUCAUUGUGCCCAAGAUGCUGGUGAAUUUCCUCUCAGAGACAAAGACCAUCUCCUACGUGGGCUGCCUGGUCCAGAUGUACUUCUUCAUGGCCUUUGGGAACACUGACAGCUACCUUCUGGCAUCCAUGGCCAUUGACAGGCUGGUGGCCAUCUGCAAACCCUUCCACUAUGAUGUGGUUAUGAGCCCACGGCGUUGCCUCCUCAUGCUGUUGGGUUCUUGCACCAUCUCCCACCUACACUCCCUGUUCCGGGUGCUACUCAUGUCUCGCCUGGCUUUCUGUGCCUCCCACAUCAUUAAACACUUUUUCUGUGAUACCCAGCCUGUGCUAAAGCUGUCCUGCUCUGACACAUCCUCCAGCCAGAUUGUGGUCAUGACCGAGACCCUGGCCGUCAUCGUGACCCCCUUCCUGUGCAUCAUCUUCUCCUACCUGAGAAUCAUCCUCACUGUGCUCAGAAUCCCCUCUGCAGCUGGGAAGUGGAAGGCCUUCUCCACCUGUAGCUCCCACCUCACUGUGGUGGUCCUGUUCUAUGGCAGUAUCAUCUAUGUCUAUUUCAGGCCCCUGUCCAUGUACUCAGUGGUGAAGGACCGGGUAGCCACAGUUAUGUACACAGUGGUGACACCCAUGCUGAACCCUUUCAUCUACAGCCUGAGGAACAAAGACAUGAAGAAAGGUUUGAAGAAAUUAAGGGACAGAAUUCAGUCAUAGAAAAAAUAAAUAAUGGAAUGUCAUCAUUGGUAGAUGACCUAAGACAUUAUGAGGUUAUCCUUCCUUCCUAACCAUUUUCCACAGGGCAUUCAAAGAGAUCAGGACAAGUGGUAUUGGAUGAUAGUAAGAUAAUUGACCCAGGAGCCAAACACUUGGUUUCUAUCAAUGAUAUUAACCAAAUACAUAUUGAAUCCUAGCUAGGUACUGCUACGGAUCCAGAUUUCAGGAAAUUGGUUUCUACCAUCCUCAAUACACUGGCAACCAUAAAGAAAUGUAAAAUUAUUUCCAAAUAAUUCUUCCAUUAAUAUAAGCCUGGCAAUGUCCAGCAAUCAAGAAGCUAUAAACUCUACUAAUUUUCAGAGCAAGAAACUAAAUGGGUUUUAUAGGUAAUUGGGUAGGACUUCUUGGAAGAUGACCUGAAAAGUCAUCUUGAAGAAUAAACUGAAUUUUAACAGAUGAAGUUUCAAGAGGUGAAGAAAUGGACUGAGCAUUUCAAAUAGUGGAAAUCAUCCAAGCAUAUAGAGGCAAUAAGCACUGCCAUGUGAUUGAGGGACAGUGAAAAGCCAUGCAAGGUUUGUUCAAUCUGCAAGUAAGGAAAAUGAGGCUGGAAAAAUAGAGGAAUAUACAGGGAAGAUUUACUCUCCACACCAACCCUCAAGUGUCAUAACAGUGUCAAUACUCAGUACCCAACUCUUUUCCCCUUCUCUCUUAAUUCUUCCUCUCUCCAAUAAUUCAGCAUUCUCACUAAGCUGCCCUUUAUAUCCUGGAAAAACCAAGUAUAUCAGUCAGGAAAAUCUAGGUGGUUUCGUGGAGAAAAACAACCUUAUAAUCUCAGGACCCUAAAACCAAAGGUUUAUUUCUCAUUCACAUUGAGGGCCCACCAUAGAAAAGUGUAAGGGUGCUGCUCGUUUUCAAUACUCAGCAACCCAAGAUUAUGGAGCGGUCAUCCUUGAAAACAUUAAUUAUCACUCGGUCAGAAUCUGAGAAAUACUCUUAAACAUUUUACAUUGGCAGUUGAAUACCCUGUUCCAGAAGUGACUCACACCACUUAUGACCAAAACUUAUUGUCCAAAACUAAUCUCAUGACCCAACCAAACACAGAAAUCCAGGAGGCACAAUCCAACCAUGUGCCUCUAAGAUGGAGAGCCAGAGUAUUUGGUAAACAGUGCUGGUGAAUACUACACAACGAUGUUAACAUACAAACACUUCAGUGUGGAUUAGCUGCUUUAACAAUCCUCCCUGAUUAAGUUAUUGUCAACAGCAAUAAUAAUAUAAGACUUCUACUCCCUCUCUGGAAUCCUGUGCCUCAAUUAUUUUAUCAGGUUCUCACAACCACCAGCUUUUCUGGGUCAGAAGCUUGUUAAUGGCAAAACCUGAAGUUGAAUACAAGUCUUUAGGCCUUAAAGAUAGAGCAUAAGAUGUAUGAGAGUCUAAUGGAACACAGGGGCACCUAGGCUCCAACCUUGAGCUCCAUGUCAUUGCCUUUACUGAGUCAUCCUAAUUAUAAGGAAGUAAUCAGCAAGCCGGAAAAGAAGCCCAAUGCAGUAGCCUUCAUAGUUUUACAGGCACACCUGGAUUUCACCACUAUCUCCCACUGAUCACCUGGUUUAGGGGAUGCUGGCCUAGACU